AUGCCCCCCUUGCGGCCCUGGGGUCCCAUUUUCGAAGAGAUUACUCUCCCGCAGAACAGAAUGUCAUCGACGGUCUUCUCGAUGCUGCCAACAUCUCUUCAGUCUCGGCUACCGCCGCUGCGGUCUAUCCGCAAGAGCGCAAGCAUGCAAACCCUCACCUCGAGCAGGCAAUCACACACCCGCACCCUGUCGGGACUCGACGACGGCGUCCACAGAAAUAUUACGCAGGCGCGCCUCGUCUCCGAGAGCACGGAAGAGCAGCAUAUGAGCUUGGUGGCCACAGAGCAUCGGACGUAUGAGGUGCGAUCGGCGGCCGAGAAGCAUGAGCAGCAGCGGCAACAAACGGAACAGUAUUAUCAGCAACAGCAACAGCAAGCGUCUAGCCAAUCUUCAAACGUAGAUUGGCGCUUCGCCCAGCAAGGACUUGCUUUGAUCGCCGUCGCCCAAGAUGAGUUGAGGCAUCCGUCAAGGCGGCCGGCAGUCGAUUUUGAGAGGAAAGCGUUUCUCGACGGCGUCGAGUACAUCCUUAAGGCCCUUCCCAGCGACCUAAACGAACACGAGCUUCACCGACUACGCACGUCGACGCCCUCCAAUUUCAUCCCACCACCAAGUCCAGGCGGCCGGGCAUAUUCUCCGUCGCGGGGUGCGAACAACGGCAGAUCGAUUCUUCACCGGGGCGUCCAAAUCGCAGUCGUCAACAUCUUCAUCCUCAUCCACCUGGCGCUGCCGUACAUCAUCCUCAUGCUGCGGUUAGCGGCCCGCACGGAGAGGGAGUACCGCAUAUCGGAGAACCUUGUGGGUGCGGGCAUGGGUCUCGCCAACGCGAUCGGCAGCAAGGGAAUGCGCAUAACCGGGGCGCUGUACAACGUUGGCGACGGCAGGCUCGGGCAGGCUCUCACGGAGGCCGUUGCCUGGACGGUUGAGGGCCUCACGGGAGGUCUAUCCGAUGGUGUCGGUGAGGGCCUGUCCAUCGUGGCGCCCAAGAGACAAUGA